AUGGCUGUUAAAUCGCAUAGCACCAACAAUUUUCUAUCGUUAAGUUCCUCGAAUUGCCGGCUUUCAAAUGGUUCCUAUUGUGUAGGGAGGAAAGUGUCGGACUUGCAUUGUCUACUAUUUAGUAAAUGGAGCAGGACACGAAAGGGAUGCCUGAUACAGCAUGAUUUGCUAUCAUUGAGUAAUGGUCAUGGUUCGGCAGGCUGUAAAAAAUACUAUUUAACAUUUUCUAAGGCUGGAAGGAGUUUACACUUGUUCCCAUUUGCUACCUCUGAUGAUGGUAUGGCUGUCAAUGGGAGUCCACUAGCUGACACCAAUGCUAACCUUGAAAAAAUGAGGGUCAAACUGGAUAGUUCACUUGAAGAUGAAAACUUUUAUGAUGGACUUGUUCAAGCUUUAAACGAUGCAGCCAGAGUUUUUGAGCUAGCAGUUAAAGAGCAUAAAUCGUACUCACGGGUAUCCUGGUUUUCAACAGCUUGGCUUGGGGUAGACCAAACUGCAUGGAUGAAGGCAUUGUCAUGUCAGGCUGCCGUGUACUCCUUAUUGUAUGCUGCAAGUGAAAUUUCAUCCAGAGGUGAUAGCAGAGAUAGAAAUGUCAAUGUAUUUGUUCAAAGGAGUUUGCUAAGGCUAUCUGCUCCCUUGGAGAGUUUAAUUCGAGAGAACUUAUCAGCCAAACAGCCUGAAGUAUAUGAAUGGUUUUGGUCUGAGCAAGUUCCAGCUGUAGUGACAUCCUUUGUUAAUAAGUUUGAAGGGGACGGACGCUUUACUUCUGCCAUUGCUUUGUCUGGAAAAACUAAGGGUUUAAGCAGUGCAAGUGAUGUAUCACUUCUUCUUCUUGCACUUACAUGCAUUGCUGCAAUUGCUAAACUUGGCACGGCAAAAGUUUCUUGCUCACAGUUCUUUUCCAUGAGCACAGAGAUAACUGGUAGUUUGAUGGACAUGCUGGUUGGUUUAAUUCCUAUAAGUCAAGCUUAUAAUUCUAUAACGGAUGUUGGUCUACACAGAGAAUUUCUUGUACAUUUCGGUCCCCGAGCUGCAGCUUUUAGAGCAAAAGAUGAGUGGGGUUCAGAAGAGGUUGUUUUCUGGGUAAAUCUGGUUCAGAGGCAGCUACAGCAAGCUAUUGAUAAGGAGAAAAUAUGGUCAAGACUGACAACAUCUGAAAGCAUUGAGGUUUUGGAGAAGGAUUUGGCUAUAUUUGGAUUCUUUAUUGCUUUAGGCAGAAGUACACGGACAUUUCUUUUGGCAAAUGGUUUUGAUACUCUCGAUGAUCCAAUUGAAGAUUUUAUCAGGUAUCUUAUUGGGGGCAGUGUUUUAUACUACCCUCCGCUCUCAUCCAUUAGUUCAUAUCAAAUGUAUGUUGAGGUAGUGUGUGAAGAACUAGAUUGGCUUCCUUUUUAUCCGGGAAUCACCAGCAUCACAAAACAGUUGCAUGGGCAUGAUAAACCAGAAGGUCCCCCAAAUGCCGAAGCAGUGACGCAAGCAUUUGAUGUUUGCUCUCAUUGGAUGCAGAGCUUUAUUAGAUACAGCACAUGGCUGGAGAGCCCCUCAAAUGUAAAAGCAGCUGAGUUUCUGUCUACAGGGAACAACAAGUUAAUGGAGUGCAUGGAGGAACUUGGAAUGAUAAAGGAUAAGACAUUGGAGAGUGAUACCAAGAAAAUAGUUGACAGACAAAGUUCCACAAUUCAGUCAACAAUAAAAGGGUCAGGUUCUUUUGAUGAGGCAUUGAAAAGUGUUGAAGAAUCUGUGAUAAAACUUGAAAAGUUGCUUCAAGAAUUGCAUGUGUCAAGCUCUAGUUCUGGAAAAGAGCAUUUGAAAGCAGCCUGUUCUGAUUUGGAAAAAAUACGGAAACUUAAGAAAGAAGCUGAAUUCCUGGAGGCAUCUUUCAGAGCAAAAGCUGAUUCCCUGCAAGAGGGAGUUAGUAGUGCUCAAACCAUCACACCAGUUGGUGAAGAGGACAAGCUAAUAAAAGGGAAAAGCAGAAAGAAUGACAAUGUAAGGGUGGACAGGAAUAAAAGACAAAUUGGAAAAUCUCGUGGAUUCUGGAGCAUCUUUGUACCUCCCGUCACCAGAAAGCCUGACCUGGAAGCAGAUGUGGAUGCAUAUGAAAAUUUUAUUGAACAGCCUGCACCAAAUGUAGCGGUUGAGGACCAAGAAUCCAAUGAAAUCCACCGCCUUGAGCUUCUAAGAGAUGAGCUGAUGCAACUUGAAAAAAGGGUUCAAAGAAGUGCCUAUCAAUCAGAAAAUAAUGAGGAUUUGAUGAUCAUUGACAAUGGUGCUCGCUAUAGUGGUGAUGCUGGAGAUGGUCAGAUAGCCAGAGUUCAGAAGAAAGAGAAUAUCAUACAAAAGUCUUUUGACAAACUAAAAGAAGCAGGAACGGAUGUUUGGCAAGGUACUCAACUUCUUGCUAUUGACGCUGGUGCUGCCACGGGCUUUGUCAGAAGGACCUUAAUAGGUGAUGAAUUGACUGAGAAGGAGAGGAAAGCACUUAAAAGAACCUUAACUGACAUGGCCUCAGUUGUUCCUAUCGGCGUUUUAAUGCUUCUUCCGGUUACUGCCUUCGGGCAUGCAGCCAUGUUGGCUGCUAUUCAGAGAUAUGUACCAGCUCUGAUUCCAUCCACUUACGCACCAGAGAGGUUGGAUCUCUUGAGGCAACUUGAGAAGAUGAAGCAAAUGACAAUCAAUGAUGUGGAUUCAGAUGAGGAAGUGGAUGAAGUUAAAUGA